AUGGGAAAGCAUAGGAAAAGAUCACAUAGCAGAGAAGAGGAAAACGAUCAAUUAUGGAAAAAAAUUAAAAGCCUCGAAAAACUAAUCGAGUCACGGCUGCCGCAAAGCCCUAGAGAUGUCGACGACAACGACAGCAUUGACUUCGGUUAUCUAGACAAUGACACUCAACCGAGCAUUUAUAAAGAUCCUGCUUCGUCGGUGGUUCAGGUUGAAAAUCCACCAACUGAACAAAAUCAAAACAUCAAUCAAGAUCAGAGUAAAGAGGAUGAAGCCUUUGAUUUAGAUGACGAGACUUUACAAAUCAUUGGCGAAGAGCCUCCAACAAAUAAAAAAGAGCUUGAAAUUCAUGUUAGCUUGGCCAAUCGUUGGAACCCAUGGUUGCAAGAAGGUUUAAAGAAAGAAGUAAAAGAAGAAUUACUUGCAAAAUAUCCAAGAAGCGGUAACUGUUCUUUAGAGGCACCGAUACUUAAUCAAGAACUUACCACAUUAAAUGCUACAGUGGUAAAGAAGGACAGACUUCACGUUUACGCAAAAUUUAGCUGGCUCAGCAUUGUCAGCUCUUGCACCGGUUAUAACGGAACUGGAUAUCAAACCUCCAACUCAAAAAUUACCAUCCAUUUCAUCCAAUUCGGUAAACUGGAAGGGCCCGUCUGCAUUACAGAAGCCGGCAACGCAGACGGGCCACAAACAACGUUCUCAGCAGUCCAAAAAGUCAACGUCAACGGAGUCAUCGAGGAAAUCGUAUUAUCCGAGGUCGAGUCAUUACCGGACUCACUCUCACAGACGCAGACACUACUAAAGCCCGGGGAUGAUCAGGUUUUUAUCAUAGCUGGCAGAUUGUCAAAAUUCAAAGAAACCUGGAAACUUAUCACGUCGGACAAGUUCAUAUUAGAGACAAUUGAGGGUUAUAAAAUACCUUUUGAAUUUUUACCAUUUCAAGAUCAAUUGCCUUUGGUAAGACAAUGGUCAUUGUCAGAGAAUCUUGAAAUACAGAAAGAGAUCAAUCGUCUCUUGGCAAUUGGAGCAAUUGUUCCUUGUGAGACAACAAAGGAUCAAUUUAUUUCAGAUUUCUUUUUAGUACCAAAACCAGAUGGCAAUUUUCGAUUUGUUCUGAAUCUUAAAAAAUUAAAUAGUUUUGUUGCAACAGAACAUUUUAAAAUGGAAGAUUUAAGAGCUGCUUGUAAUUUAUUAGAACCGGAAAUGUGGAUGGCUACAGUUGAUUUAAAAGAGGCUUACUUUCUUAUUUCCGUUUAUCAAAAAUUUAGAAAAUUUCUUCGUUUUUCCUUUGAUAAUCAACUGUAUGAAUUUACUUGUCUUCCAUUUGGUCUUAGUUCAAGUCCUAUGGUUUUUACAAAAAUAAUGAAACCAGUAAUGAAUUACUUACGGUCUCAAGGUUUUAUAUCAGUUAUCUACCUAGAUGACAUUUUAUGCUUAGGUGAAACGAGACAAUUUUGCCAAACAAACGUACAGAUCACUUGUGAACUUCUACAAGCGUUGGGUUUUAAAAUUAAUAAAGAAAAGUCAAGCCUAAUUCCAAAAAAGGAAUGCAAAUAUUUAGGAUUUAUACUAAACUCAAGGAAUAUUUGCCCAGGAGUUGAAUAUGAUAUGGUUCACUCAAAAACUUUAGAAAAAGCUAAAUUGGAAGCAUUAAUAAAAAAUGAUAUGGAUUUUGAUAAAAAAGCUAAGAUUCCGAAUUAUAUAAAAGAAGAUCUAAAUUGGUGGAAGGAAAGCAUAAUGCAUUCUAUAAAGAGAAUAAAGACUUACAAUUUUAAAUUAGAAAUCUUUUCAGAUGCUAGCAAAACAGGUUGGGGAGCUUUCUGUAACGAUAAAAGAGCCCACGGUUUAUGGAGUUUCAAAGAAUCAAAGUUACAUAUUAAUCAGUUAGAAUUGAAAGCUGCUCUUUUAGCAGUUAAAUGCUUUACUAAGAAUUUAUCACAUUGUGAAAUUCUUCUCAGAAUAAACAAUACUACAGCCAUGGCCUAUAUAAAUAAAAUGGGCGGUGCAAAAAUUGAUCACUUACACACAGAAGCCAAACGAUUCUGGGAUUGGUGCGAAAAAAGAAAUCUUUGGGUACUUGCUGAAUAUAUUUCUUCCAAAGAAAAUGUAGACGCAGAUGCUUUAUCAAGAAUAUCUAAUAACGACAUCGAAUGGGAAUUAGCAGGCGAUGCUUUUAGAAGAAUAAUAAGAGUCUUUGGAAAACCUGAUAUAGACUUAUUUGCUUCAAGAAUCAACAAAAAAUGCGAAAAAUACUGUUCAUGGGAGAGAGAUCCAGAUGCAAUGGCUAUUAACGCCUUUACUAUCAAUUGGUCAGAUAAAAAUUUUUAUGCAUUUCCACCUUUUAGUGUAAUUGCCAAGGUUCUCCGAAAAAUAAAAAUAGAUAAAGCUGCGGGUAUAGUAGUCGUACCUCUUUGGACUAGUCAGACGUGGUUUCCGAACUCAACAUCAUCCCCUGGCUUCAAAACUUACCCUGGUUGCCGCCAAAUUAUCAGCGAAACGUUCAGACGAAAAGGUGCAUCGGAAAAGACAGUGGAUGUGAUGUUGAGAGCGUGGGAGGAGUCGACAAUCAAACAAUAUAACAGCGCACUAAAACUGUGGUGGAAAUUUAAUAAUUUCGAGGAGAGUGAUCCUUUUGAUGUGACAAUCCCCAAAGUGCUCAAUUUUUUAACUGAAAGAUAUCAAAAUGGAGCUAAUUAUGGAACCUUGAAUUCAACAAGAUCCGCAUUGGCGAUGAUAGCUGAUACGGAUAUCGCAAACAACGAAUUAAUCAAAAAAUUUAUUAGAGGAAGUGGAAAAACAAGGCCAAGUAAACCUAGAUAUGAUUCAACUUGGGACGUCGACCCAGUCUUAAAGAAAUUAGAAGAAUGGUUCCCAUUGGAAUCGCUUAAUUUGAAACAACUGUCACAAAAAUUAGUUCUACUACUAGCUCUUGGUACAGCACACAGACUCCAAACAUUAACCUCAAUAAAAAUUUCGAACAUCAACAAAUACAACCAAGGAUUGGAAAUAAAUAUUUCAAACAGAAUCAAAACAACAAAAAUAGGCAACAAACAACCAGUUCUAAAACUGCCUUUCUUCAGUAAUAAACCUGCUCUGUGCAUCGCAGGAACAUUAUUACAUUAUUUGGAGAUCACAAAAAGCGUGAGAAAUGGAGAGGAUAAACUUUUUAUUUCCUUUCACAAACCACAUAAAGUUGUAAAAGAAGAUACCCUAGGCCGUUGGAUAAGAUCGAGUCUCAUUUCUCUAGGAAUAGACAGAAGAUUCACAGCACACAGCACUAGACAUGCGUCAACAUCAAAAGCUUAUCAGAAAGGAGUAAGCAUUGAAGAAAUUAAGAGAGUAGCUGAAUGGUCCUUAAAUUCAAAAGUGUUUGCGGAUUUCUACAAUAGACCGAUAAAAAUCCAACAGAACACCUUUGCCCAAAAGGUGUUAUUGUCCUCAUCGCCAAAAUAA